AAGUCAACGAAAAACUGCUCUUGGGGCGUGCCGUGCUUAAAUUUAAUAUAAUUUAUGCUAUUAAUUAAAAUUCAAAAGGUCCAAAUGAUUUUUGAAGCAAUCUAAAUAGUCCGCAGUACAUGACCUAUGUAACUUUGACCUGAGGUCACUCUGCAAAUUGACCGUGCCGCGCUUAGAUUUUACCCUCAUUGAAUUGGGAAGGUCAAAUUGUAUAGUCAAAAUCAUUUUUGAGUCAUUCUGAGUAGUCCGCAGACCAUUUAUUUCGAAUAUGAAUCUGAAUCCGAAUAUGUUGCCAAAUAGAUGAACAUUUCGCCGUGCUGAUAAAAUUGUCCUAUUCAAAAUCAGUCGAAGAUCAGUCAUCUUGUACUCAUCGAAUGAAUAGCUAAGCUGUAAUUGGCGGAGAAGUUGGAAGAAGGGCGCCGAUUGGUUCUUUAGUGAGUCGAUCUGCUUGCGCAAGCGCGGCGAAAGCAACGCGAAUGGCGUGCUGUCAACCCCACGGAACGCAAGGACUUCCAUAUCCCUCAUCCCAAGGCCGACCUCAUCCUUUUCCUUUCCGAACCACGUGGCGAGCGGCUGGCGUGUUGGUGAAAGGUUCUUCUGUCUUGUCUCGGACCUGCUGCAGCCCAAUUCAAAGGUCCAGUGCUGAUUUGGGUUUCUCUGGACCGACGUGAGGCUAAGGAUCGCUGUUGGGCUUUUUCACGUUGUCGAAUAUCAAUUUCGACGCCUUUGAUAGUAUAUACAGCUUUGACUGUAUCUUCGCCCCCUACAAAGCUACGGCGACCUUCGAGCCGCUGUCUGCGGGUGGAUAGCAGCAGAGGACGCGCAGCUAGACGCCAUUGGUAUCCCAGGUCGACACGCUAUGGACGAGGACGGAGAGCCGGGGCCUCCGGCACCGGAGCAGGAGGACGCGCCCAUGGAGGACGCUGAGGAGGACGGAGAGGAGGAGGACACGCCCGCCGGGCCCUCGGAGGUGUUCCUCCCCGGUCGGCAGCUCGAGGAGGACGAGGAGCUCGUGGUCGACGAGUCGGCCUACGUCAUGUUCCACCAGGCGCACACCGGGGACCCGUGUCUGAGUUUUGACGUGGUCCGCGACCGUCUGGGUGAUAACCGCACAGAGUACCCGCUGACCAUGUACAUGGUGGCCGGCACGCAGGCCGACAAGGCGCACAAAAACUCCGUCAUCGUCAUGAAGAUGUCCAACAUCCAGCGCAACAAGAAGUCCAAGGAGAAGGACUCGGAUGACGAGGAGAGUGAUGAGAGCGACGAUGAGGAGGAGGAUCUGCCGGAUCUGGAGACGGCCACCAUGAAACACCACGGCUGCGUCAACCGGAUACGGGCCACCACCAUCCAGGACACUCCGCUGGCUGCCACCUGGUCAGAGACGGGCAGCGUGCACGUCUGGAGUCUGGCGCGCCCCCUGGCCGCCGUCGACGACCCCAUGGUGGCCUCGGCCUACGCCCGGGACAGCGAGGACAAGAAGGCCAAGCCGCUGUUCACCUUCAAGGGACACGAGCAGGAGGGCUUCGCCAUGGACUGGUCGCCACUCAAAGCCGGCGUGCUGGCCACGGGCGACUGCGGCCGCCACAUCCACGUGUGGCAGCCGGCCGAGGGCGGCACGUGGCACGUGGACCAGCGACCCUACUCGGCGCACAAGGGCUCCGUGGAGGACAUCCAGUGGUCGCCCUCCGAGCCCACCGUCUUCGCGUCGUGCUCCGUCGAUAAAAGUAUUCGUAUCUGGGACAGCCGCGCGGCGCCGGCCAAGGCGUGCAUGCUGCAGGUGACGGACGCGCACGACAGCGACGUGAACGUGAUCAGUUGGAACCGGACCGACCCGUUCAUCGUCAGCGGCGGCGACGACGGCAAACUCUGUGUCUGGGACCUCCGGUCGCUGCAGUCGGGUAAGCCCGUGGCGCUGUUCAAGCACCACUCGGCUCCAGUGACCACAGUGGAGUGGCACCCAUCGGACAGCACGGUGUUUGCGUCCGGCGGCGCGGACGACCAGGUGGUCCAGUGGGACCUGGCCGUGGAGCGGGACGAUGAGGCGGCCGCAGAGGGGGCCGCAGAGGGGGCAGAGGAGGACCAAAAACUGAACGAGCUGCCGCCACAGCUGCUGUUCAUCCACCAGGGUCAGGAGGACGUCAAGGAACUGCACUGGCACCCGCAGGCGACCGGAUGUCUCCUCUCCACCGCCCACAGCGGCUUCAACGUGUUCAGAACCAUCAGCGUAUGAACAUGCCGCCCGGUGACCCACAGAGACAAACAGGGACGCUGGUCAGGUGGAUGUCGACGGGUGUCGUGUCUCGUUAAUGGCGUGAAAGAGCUGGGGAAUAUUUUUUGGCGUGGGGGGGGGGGCGUUGCUGAGACGCGUCACCGACUUCUUUGGUAAAUGGCUCCAGUUGGUGUCGCAUGCUGUAAUAUGUGAAAUCGCUGCAGUGUAUAUGAUGUUGAUGUGUGCUUAUUUCCGCACCGCUAAGCAGUGAAUCUUGCGUGGAAUGAUGGCUAAAGACCUCAGAAGAGUUCAAAAGCCGCCAACUGAUACUGUGUAUUUGUGGGCCUUGAUGUAGGCGAGUGAGGAAGGCGCGUCCUGUGUUUUCGUUUUGAUUUCGAGCGAGUGAGAAAGCGAGUGAGUUCGCUCGAAUUUGGUGGUCGUUGUUGAUUCCUGAGUUGUGCGCUGUGCGGUACAGAGGGAUCUGCAGUGCAGUCCUGUGGAGUUUAUCUCGUGGUUGGUGGACGUUUCGGUUGACUGCCACUGGUGUAUGAUGCGACGCACUAGAAGUGUAACGUAUUCUACCCUUUCGAACCAACGGUACUGAGGAAAUAAAAUGAAAUAGGGGCGAA